UCCAUCACGCACUAAACCCUUCUUCUCUCGCGAUGCUUCUCCGUUCCCUUCUCCGCUCCGCCGCCACCGCCGGCGGUGUCGCCGCCGCACGGGGUGAAAACCCCAUCACGGCAUUCAUCAUUCCUACGGAGACGAAGUCUAGGACCUACGCGAAGGCCGCCGGCGGCAAGGCCAAGACAACCACGAAGGGCAAGGGCAAGGUCAAGGAAACUCGGGCAGGCCCCGCCGCUGAUGAUGCAGCUGAAUCCGCCUCAUUGGACGACAUCAACGCCGAGUUCGAGCUCCCUACUGAUCCCCUUCCCCCCACAUACGACCCACUCCUCGACGUUGGCCCUGAAGGCCGCCCUCUCUUCUCCUGCGUUGAUUCGUUCUCCCGUGUCUCCUACCGUGAUGCCCCCAUCUACGUUGAUUUCAGUUUGGAGGAGUGGAAGGCGAUGCUUCCGGAAGGGAUUCCGGCAGGGUUGACGAAGGAAUUUGAGGAGACGCGGCGCUGCGCCGUUAUGGUCCGGCGGAGAUUCCUCAAUCUCCGGGAUAAUUUUCGCAGGAUUGUUGAUCCACCCAUUUGGGCUAACAAUAAAAGUCUGAAAGUUCAGAAGCAAAUAGUCUUGGAUGGCCCUGUUAGCUGUGGUAAAAGCAUUGCACUUGCUAUGCUUGUUCACUGGGCUCGCAGUGAAGGUUGGCUGGUCUUUUAUGUUCCUAAAGGUAGGGAGUGGACUCAUGGAGGAUUCUUUUAUAGAAAUCCACAUAGCAAUCUUUGGGACACUCCUGUCCAAGCUGCCAAAAUUCUCCAGGAUUUUCUGAAAUUCAAUGAGUCUCGCUUACAACAAUUACCUUGUCAAAUUUUUGAUCCUAUACCUUUGGGCGAAGGUGCUGGUGUUGGAAUGAUGAAAGGAGCCGACUCCAUGGCUAUGCCUGAAGGUUCCACAUUAUUUGACCUGAUCCAAACUGGUAUUACUUACACACAUGCGUCAGUUGGUGUGGUGGUUCGGUUGAGGAAGGAAUUAUCACUAGUGAAGGAAGUUCCUGUGCUAUUUGCUAUUGAUCAGUAUAAUAACUGGUUUACAUUCAGCGAAUAUGAAGAACCUAUUACUGUUCGUUCUUGCCGGCCAAUUCAUGCCAAGGAACUUGCAACAGUGAAUGCUUUUAGAUCUAUGAUGCAUGGUGACAUGAUGAUAGGAGCUUUCUCUCAUUCAACUGCUGUGGGAAAGCUACGCCAAGAACUUCCAGAUGUUCCAUUUGAUGCUCGUGUUAUGUUCCCUCGUUACGACUUGGAUGAGGCUGCUGUAGUAUCACAUUAUUAUCUUAGACAAAAGCUUAUACGACGUGAAAAGUUUUCAGAUGAAAAAUGGAAGAAGAUAUACUAUUUAUCCAAUGGAAACGGAUCGGAGAUGCGAUGGCUAGCUCCAUUCAUUUAAAGCUAACAGCGCAACAGAGCAGGAAGGGAAAAGAAAAUCAUAGGUGAGGGCUACACAUAUUGUUGCUUGUGGAGCAUCAUAACUAGCAAACUUUAUUUUGUUUAUUUCAAUUUCUGUUAACUAUUUUAUGGGUAGUACUCAUUCAGAUCAAUGAAACUUUUUUCUUUUUCUUUG